UAAUUCUUUAGACCAAAUAACUCUCCUAUAAAUACCUGCAGCAAUACUCAAUACAAUCUCUUCUUUUUGCUGCUUCAACUCUCUCGCUCUAGAUUUCUAAUACUCUCUGCACUUGUUAGUAUCGAAUCGACUGAAACAAUAAUGUCGAGCUCCAAGAAGAUCACCUUAAUGAGUUCUGAUGGAGAGAUGUUCGAGGUGGAGGAAGCGGUGAUGAUGGAGGCAGCGACCAUAAAGCGCAUGAUUGAAGACGAUUGCGCUGAUGGAAAAAUCCCUCUGCCCAACGUGAAGAGCCAGAUUCUGUCCAAGAUACUUGAGUACAGCAAAAAGCACGCGGAAGACAUUGAUGCCACUGAAAAUCUCAAAUCCUUCGACUCAGACUUCAUGAAGGUAGACCUGAGCACUCUGUAUGAUCUAAUUCAGGCAACAGAUUAUCUGGAGAUGAAGAAGUUGCUUGAUUUGUGCUGUCAAACCGUAACAGACAUGAUCAAGGGGAAGACUUCUGAACAAAUUCGUGAUACAUUCAACAUCAAGAACGACUUUUCUGCCGAGGAAGAAGCCGAAAUUAGGAAAGAGAACAAAUGGGCUUUUGAAUGACAUAUAUAUA